ACAAGAGGAGAGUUGGGAGGAGGUGCAGGAGCCAGUAUUGAGGUCAAUACUUAGGAAAAUGGGAAAACAUACCCGGUAGUUCAUCAUGUGCAGUUUGUGUCUCAUGUGCGUCGUCAGCUGUUAUCAGAUGCUUCAAAGAGUCGGGCUUCUCUACGAAAGUGUCUUGAAAAGGAGAGAAAGCAACUUCAGCAUUGUGUUAGUCUACUGUCAUGUUUCUGUGGACGAAGUCACGCAAGAGGACUAUUUGUUGCCUUGGCAUAAUCCUGCAGGGAACAAGGGAGAAACAUUUGCUUUGAAGAAGAAAAUAGUUGAUAUACAUGAACACAUGACCAGGUACAUCGAGGAAUUGCCUGUGCUCAUUCAAGAGAUGGUAUCAACUGUUCUUUUCUUCAAGAAAAAAAUCAACACCUUGGAAGACAGAAUCAACACCGUGAACAAUGAGGCCAUCAAAAACCAAGAAAACCAUGGAUUGGUGAUGUUGCUGCUGGAAUCAAAGGAAUUCUACACAGACCUUCUCCUAGAAGCAACAGAUGUAUUUGAAUGUAUAGACACUGACAUAGAGAUCGUGGUGGAUUUUGAGGAAGGGGAGGUGCAACCUGGUGGUGAAGAAUCAAAUUCGGAGGAGGAUGCAUCUAGCUCUGAGGAGGAGGAGGAUUGUGAUGACAUUGGCAUUGAGUACGUGUAAUUAACCCUUUGAAGCCGGAUUUAUUUCAGAAAUCCCGAUAUUUUUCGACUUGAUUUGGUCUAAGUUUGUCUAAAAGGGUAUAGUGUCCCCAAAUGUCACUCGAAGCUAACAAAGUAUGCCACGAAAUGCUAACGUUUUCGGAACUCUGUGGCAUCUCUUAAGGCCCUUGCAGAGGUUCUCAAGAAGCAUGUUUGUGAAUAAGGUGACUUUUUCUGGUGAAAGUUCGAACUUCCAAUGCAGUUUAUUGGGAAACUACGCCACAAAUCAGGUGUUGUGACGACCCUAAAAUGACGUCAUAUGGCAAAAAGUGUCAACUGAGGCAAAACUGUUCAGUGAGAGUUUUUUUUGCUCGUCUGGCGCUCAGGAAUCUGCCAACUGUUCGACGAUACAGCGAUGUUCCGGCCCUCGGGACGAACUUAACCAUGA